CUCCAUCGAGACAACCACAGGCGGUUUCCCCUCAUCAACGUGGCAGGAUGUAAAGCAAUCUAUGUGCGCACUACGCAUCCCGUGCACUUUGGAAACGUUCAGCCUCCUGGCGCCAACCUUACGCACAUUUUCGUCUUUAUCUCUCUAAGGAAAAGAUCGCUUCUAAAUUCAGUCAGUCCCUUCCCAUAUGCGAAAUAGAAAAAUGCUCCAUCCUCAACCUUCCACUCAUAUAAAAUCCUUCUUCGAUCCAUCUCUUCUCGUCACAAAGUUAUUCUCAAUUUCUGUUUCUUCCUACUAACCAAACCCUAAUUUCAUCUUUUUUUCCCCCUUCAAUCUUCCCUUCGUUUUCGAUAAUUCUUGUUGAUUUGCUUAAAGCAAAGGAAAAAUAGGAAAAAAAACUUUAUAGUAAUUAAUUUCUUAUUUAUUUCUGUGUUUCUGCAAAUCCGUAGCUUUUUGUUUGCUGAGGUUUUUAGAUUUCCUUAUUUGGUAGUUUUUGGAAAAGCAAUACCGUUAAGUUCGGUUGUUUUUUUUCUUUCCCAAAAUAACACUAUUGCCUAAUAGACUAUCAGCACUAAACCCAUCUAAGAACUGUAUUUCUGUCGGUGACGGACAACUCCCUCCUUUUUGUUGCAAAUUUUGUCAAAAACCUUUUGUGGUGAUCUCAUGAUUUGUUGAAUUCUAUCGCCAAAUGUCUGUGGAAAGAUCGUUUGAAGCUUGGGAGGAAGUGCAGCGGCAUGGCCAGGAUCUUGCAGACCGGCUGGCGCAGGGAUUUACGGGCCUUAUUCAAUCCCAUAUGACCAACCCGCCAGCUUUUCCCUGGCCCAACCCUCAGAAAUCGAAGCUUUUUGAUUUGGAGUUCCCAGGCCACAGUUUUAAUGGAAGGGAUUUUGGAGUAUUAGCUGAUAAUACUGGGAUAAAUGGGGUUUCUGCAAUUUUCGAUAUUGGAAACAGAAUUGGACAAGCUGGGGCUGAUUUUGGGGCGGGCUUGAAUGGGUUAGUGCAGCAGUUAUUUAGGAUGUUGCCGGUGCCUUUUAGGCAGGAGGAGAGUGUUGGGAUGGAGGUGAGGAUGGAUGGUAAUAGGAGUAAUAUUGGGUUGGGUAUGGAGGGCGACUUGGGGUUGGUGAGCGAGGGGUUGAGGGAUUAUGGAUUUGUGGAGAAUGCUACUGGCGGUAAGCUGGAUGGUUCAUCAGAUGAAGAAACGGGUGGGUUUAAUUUGAAAUCCGUGGGGCUUCUUGGUAAACCACAGGGCGUCGUAAAUAUCACAUCAACUUAUGACAGUAGAAACAACAAUAUAGAGAGUUCUUUGGUUGCAAGGGGAGAUUUAUGGAGAGUUGAGGCAUCACAUGGCAGUUCCACAUCAGGAAAUGAUAAUUCAUCACUCUUUCUGUUCCAGCUUGGACCAUUACUAUUUGUUCGUGACUCGACACUUCUUCUGCCUGUUCAUCUGUCAAAGCAACACUUGCUUUGGUAUGGUUAUGAUAGGAAGAAUGGGAUGCAUUCUCUGUGUCCUGCUGUAUGGUCAAAGCAUAGAAGGUGGCUGUUAAUGUCAAUGCUCUGUCUUAAUCCUUUGGCUUGUUCAUUCGUGGAUUUGCAGUUUCCAAAUGGUCAGUUUACCUAUGUGUCAGGCGAGGGGCUGACUACAAGUGCUUUUCUACCCAUUUUUGGGGGCCUUCUCCAAGCUCAGGGUCAAUAUCCAGGAGAAAUGAGGUUUAGCUUUUCUCAUAAGAACAAGUGGGGUACACGCAUCACACCAAUGGUACAAUGGCCUGACAAAUCAUUUACAUUAGGUUUUGCUCAAGCCUUAGCAUGGCAAAGAUCAGGCCUAAUGGUGAGGCCUACAGUUCAGUUCAGUUUGUGCCCAACUUUUGGCGGAAACAAUCCUGGGGUGCAGGCAGAACUUAUUCAUUCAGUGAAUGAGCAACUAAAUCUGAUAUGUGGCUGUGCAUUCUUGACAUACCCUUCAGUAUUUGCAUCACUGUCUAUUGGGCGGUCUAAAUGGAAUGGUAAUGUGGGGAGCACAGGAAUCGUUGUGAGAGUUGACAGCCCACUUUCUGAUGUUAGUCAACCAUCAGUUUCUGUUCAGAUAAAUGGCGGCAUUGAAUUUUGAAUGUCUGGCUCUGCAAUCACAUAUCUUGCAUUAGAGAUGUAAAUAGACACGAGCAUCUGAACCUGCAAUACCACUUGUAUAUUUUGAGAUUUCUAUUUAAUUAUACGAGUCACUGCCAUCUGCUUUCUGUAAAAAUGAGGUUUUUUUUUUUUUUUAAUUAAAUCAAAAGCAACUGGAAGGUUGAAGCACUAUGUAAAUUUUGAAUUGGAUAGAAUUUUGACCGUUCUAGCUUCAGAAAUAUUUGCCAACUUCCAAGUUCUAGCUAUGUUCUUUGGACAUGGAUCAUGUAAAAGAACGAACUUUUAAUCUAAUAUGAUAAUUUUUGUAGAA